AUGAAUUUGGCAGUCUCUUACAGUAUUAGAAGUCUUGCUGCGGCACAGGCCAUACAGGCUGCCAAAAAAUAUGCCAAAAAAUAUGGUGUACAGGCUUUCCUCACGUUGCUGCAAAUGCAUACCCAGUGGCGAGAUGGGCGAGCAUCAAAGGAGCAGGAACAGGCGUUUAAGAAGGUACAAGAAGCAUUGCCUCGAUUACUCGACAGCGUUCAAGCAAGAGAAGUCAUUGUUAUACCGGGCGCGUUUAAUUCGUCCCCGGUCUUCACUGAUUACUUCCAGGCCGCUGCUCUCGGCGCUAUACUACUCGUGCUCCUGGAUGUCGCAAGUGCCAUAAAAGCAGUCGGUCAAAGUCUCGAAGGUAUACGGUCCGAGCUCGCAAUCUCGAAUAUCUCCAGGGUACAAGGCUGGGGCGAUGGCGGGUUCGGAGGAUACGUGCAUCGCUUCGUCCAGAAUGAGAUGACCGUCGUCUACGGUGCAGACAACCAACACCACUUUUUCUAUGUCUGGCACCCAGAUAGCGACUGGUAUCCCGCGUUCGAAGGAAGACAGAGAGAAGAGCCACUUGGUUCAGCAUUUGGCGGCUACCAUCAUGAACUCGCAACGAUCUGCCUGAGGAUGAGAGCGGAUAGAGAGGCCCAUGUUGCAACAACCUAG